UACUAUAGUUUCUGCAGUUAGGGGACUGGAAACAUUUCUCAAAAGAAUUCAAUGGAAUAUUUUUGCAGCUAGAUGGUUGAGAACGAUCACCAGCAUGGCAUACAGUCGACGACAGUUUCUUCAGCUAGGGGGCUGGAUUCUCGGAUAUUGGUAUGACUUUAUAGUUACUAAGCAAAUGGAGGAUUAAAAUAUAAAAUGCAUAUUAGGUAAAUUGGUAUUGAUAAUAAUAUCGAGACUAAUAAACUUGUUUCCUGGCUUCAAUUAGUGUUUUAUUUGAUCAGUGCUUGGGUAAAUUAUGUUCAUGUUUUGUUGUUACAUGUUUUUAUUGCUUGAUCAUUAUUAUGAUCGCAUGAUUUAUUCAUUUUAAUCUGAGAUAGAACAAAUUUUGUUCUCAUUUGUUCCAGAUGGAAGAAAGUCGACCCUUGCCUAUGUUCAGAUGCGAACAGAUUGAGAGUGGAAAAUUAGCCAAAGAGUGGCUCGAAUGGAAGGGUGCGCUUGAGAUUUAUUUCGAAUCGUACCAAAUUACUGAUCAAAGGCUGAAGCGUUCGAAGAUGUUACAUUUGGGGGGCCCUCAACUCCAAAAGGUUUUCAGGAGUCUUGAAGGAACUGAGAAUUUUCCCAUUGUGUUACUGGAAAAACCCUGGUAUGACGUUGCAGUAGAACGACUGGAUGCUUAUUUUAAGCCACGCAGACAAGAUGUACUCGAACGGUAUAAGCUACGGAAUAUGAAGCAGGGUUCAAAUGAGCGGUUCUCGCACUUCGUUCUACGCCUUCGACAGCAACUGCUGGAUUGUGGGCUAGAAAAGUACCCUCAAGAGGUCAGAACCAGUGUGGAAGAAAUGAUGCUGAUUGACGUAAUCGUGGAGGGGUGUACCUCUCCAGAAUUGCGCCGCAAAAUUCUGGAAAAGGACCAAUGUCUUUCCGAAAUUGAAGCGUUGGGUAACUCGAUGGAAAGUGUAAGGGCUCAGGAGCAGGAGAUGACCAAGCAUCCUCGAGACGUCACCGGAGAACUCGAAGUCCGCAAUGUUGAUAAGUUUUCGGCUGGUCGAGCUGAUCGAAAGCAGGAACGAAUUGUUAAGCGUUUUGUUGGUAGGCCUUCUUCGUAUGGAACGGUUUCGAAAAUUGUUUGUUACGCAUGUGGCAAGCCCGGUCACAUCUCUAGGGACGCGUCAUGUCCUGCUAAGGGACAGAAAUGCCGCAGGUGUCAAACACCUGGUCAUUUUGAGAAAGCAUGUCGUAAGCGGCCAUCUACGUCUCAAGACAACACGAUUCCAAGGAAAAUCCGAGCGGUAAGCAACGAGUCGGCUUCCAUCUCAACUGAAAAGGACAUCUCCGUUGACCGGGUUGAACAAAAGGUAUACUAUACGUUUCAUACCGGGAACGAGACAAACCUGAUGCAAUGUGUGGUCGGCGGAGUUUCCAUUGAAAUGAUCAUUGAUUCCGGAUCUGAUGUAAAUCUAAUUUCGGCUGAGACAUGGGAAGAAAUGAAGGCUAAACAUGUAGCUGUUCAGAAAUGCACUAAAGGCGGUGACAAGGUUCUGAAAGCUUAUGGUUCUGAAACUCCGUUGGACAUACUCGGUUCUUUCGAAGCCAUCGUGAAAUUAGGACAACGUUCAGCCACUGCAGAGUUUUUCGUGGUCAAAACUGGGCAGCGGAACAUACUUGGCGACACUACUUCCAAGCAACUCGGUGUGUUGAGAGUGGGCGUGGAUGUAAACCAAGUUCAGCAUAGUUUUCCUCCCAUUCCGUUCCCGAAAAUCAAGGGAGUACAGGUUCAAAUCAAGAUGGAUCCAACAGCUGUACCCGUUUUCCAGCCAUUGAGGAGAAUCCCGAUCCCACUAGAAGACGCCGUGAACAAAAAGUUGGACGAACUUCUUGCGAAAGAUAUUAUUGAACCGAAGAAGGGUCCAGCCACAUGGGUGUCCCCGCUGGUUGUUGCGAAGAAAGCCAAUGGAGAGAUCCGAUUGUGCGUAGACCUACGGCGAGUUAACCAGGCCGUGGUCAGGGAACGUCAUCCCAUGCCUAUUAUUGAGGACGUCCUGGCGAAAAUUGGCAGAGGGAACGUAUGGAGCACACUCGAUAUCAAGGAUGCUUUCUUUUUGUUGGAGCUGGAUGAGAAAUCAAGAAGUGUCACAACUUUCAUCUCGCAUCGGGGAUUGUACCAGUUCAAACGCCUGCCUUUUGGACUGGUUUCAGCACCUGAGAUGUUUCAGCGUACCAUGGACGGCAUUUUGGCGGACUGCGAAGGUGCCUAUUGGUACCUCGACGACGUUGGUGUGGAGGGCAGUACUACUGAAGAGCAUGACUCACGACUAUCAAAGGUACUGCAAAGGUUAAGCGACCAUGGGGUGGUUUUAAAUCAAGACAAAUGUAAGAUUCGUACCGAUGAUUUUCAAUUUUUGGGAUACCGUAUCAAUUCAAAAGGUAUCCUCCCCUCUACGGAAAAGCAAAACGCGGUUGCUACGUUCCGACGGCCUACUAAUGAAUGUGAGGUGCGAAGCUUCCUGGGCCUGGCAAAUUAUAUGGGUAAAUUUGUUCCUGACUUGGCAACCAUUGAUGAGCCCCUUCGAAGCCUUAUUCGAAAAGGGUCGAAGUUCCACUGGGGUGAGAAGGAAGAAGAAGCUUUUAAUCAAAUUAAAUCCAGUAUUGCAAACGCACCUUGCCUAGGGUUUUUCAAACCUGAAGAUGAAACAUCGGUUAUGGCAGAUGCUAGCCCUUAUGCCUUGGGAGCUGUUUUACUGCAAACGGAUGAUAACAAUGAAACUCGAGUGGUCUGUUUUGCAUCCAAGUCUCUUACGGAAACGGAAAGACGAUAUUGCCAGACCGAAAAAGAGGCCCUCGCGUUGGUCUGGAGUGUUGAGAAAUUCCAGAGUUAUUUGAUCGGUAGAGAAUUCAACUUACUAACGGACUGUAAGGCACUUACUUUUCUUUUUUCUCCAACAUCUCGCCCAUGCGCUCGUAUUGAACGUUGGGUGCUACGACUGCAAGGUUUCCAAUAUAAAGUUUCACACAUUCCGGGAAGCUUGAAUGUUGCAGAUGUACUUUCACGGCUUUCUACUGUGCCACCCAAACCAUUUGAUGAAGGUGAAGAGUUAAUGGUGCGUGAAGUGGUCAAUUCAGCUGUAACUGCAGUCGCACUGAAAUGGGACGAUUUGGAAAAAGCUAGUCAAGAUGACCCCCAAAUCCAGCAGAUUUUCCAAGCUUUGGAUUCAGGAUUGAAGGAUGAAUUGCCCUUGGAGUACAAAAUGAUAUUUUCAGAAUUAUGUCGACUGAAUGAUGUGCUUCUAAGAAUAGAUCGUAUCGUAAUUCCACAGAAACUACAAGGACAUGUUUUGAAUCUUGCACACGAGGGCCAUCCUGGAGCUCGAAUCAUGAAAGGACACCUUCGUGCGAACGUCUGGUGGCCAAAAAUGGACCAGCACGUAGAAAGGCAUGUUAAAGCAUGCCGUGGGUGCUCACUUGUAUCGUCCCCAAGUCCUCCCGAACCCAUGAUCCGAAAGGAGUUACCGUCACGUGCCUGGGAACAAAUUGCGAUCGAUUUUCUAGGACCUUUGCCGAAUGGGGAAAAUCUAUUGGUUUGCGUCGACUACUAUAGCCGAUUUGUAGAGGUUGUAGAGAUGAAUGAUACUUCGGCCAAAGCCACAAUCGACGAAUUGAUGAUAGUUUUUUCCCGUUUUGGCAUACCGGAGAGCCUUAAGGCGGACAAUGGCCCACAAUUUGUCGCUGAUGAUUUUCGUUCGUUUUGCGAGGAAUAUGGCAUUCGCUUAGUGCAUUCGAUUCCGUACUGGCCCCAAAUGAACGGCGAGGUAGAGCGCCAGAAUCGAUCAAUCUUAAAACGAUUAAGAAUAGCACAAGAGUUGGGAAACGACUGGAGGACGGAAUUGAGAAAAUAUUUGCUUAUGUACCAUGCAGCCAACCACUCCACAACAGGCAAACCUCCAUCAGAACUGAUGUUUGGUCGGCGCAUACGGACUAAACUACCAAGCAUACUGGUUGCUUCAGAGGAAUUCGAAGUCGUGAGGGAAAGAGAUGCUUUGGAGAAAGAAAAAGGAAAACUUUAUGCAGACAGAAAACGUAGAGCUCAAGCAAGUGACGUAAAUGUUGGAGACCAAGUGCUGGCGAAAAGGACACGGAGAGAAAACAAGCUUUCAGCAGAUUUUGCGCCAGAGCCUUUCGUCGUUAUUCGGAAGAGUGGAACGGAUGUCACCAUUUAAUCUAGUACUACGGGAAAGGAGUAUAGAAGGAGUUCAGCCCAUCUGAAAGCACUUCCGAAAGCAGACAACUGCAACGCAGCCCAAGACGCCGUUGAUCCACUUGAAGGGCCAUCCACGUUGAACCUUGAGCGCAAAUCUCAGGAAGGCGAGAAGACAGUGGCUUCAUCGGAAGCAGACGACAUGCCAAUAGCAGGAGCUUCCAGGAGGACUCGCGUAGAACCUAAGCAUUUGAAAGAUUACAUUACGUACUGAAUAAUUUCAUAAAAGUAAGAGGGGGAUGUAGGGUAUGAACAUGCCAGCAUUGGGUAGAAGCGAUUUACCGUGGAAGGAAAAGUGUCACCUCGGUCGAACGAGACACAGGUAGAAGGAGGGGGAAGGAGAAAUAGAUUGGGUUGGAGUUGUGAAAAGCAAUCGGACAGAGUUAACAGAUAAUUUCGGGAAAAUAAAGAUUGUAAUGUUUUGAAACGUAUUGCGGUGAUUUGUUUGAUUGAGAAGUAAUAUC